UCCCGUGCCCUAGACCUCUAACGCCGCACCGUCGCCAUCUCUCUGUCGUCGCCGCCGUGUAGCUGUAGCCGUCGGCCUGGUGAGAGCCGCCGUCGCCCUUUCGGCAGAGCCACGCCCAGCCGAUCGAUCCACCGCCUCUCAUUCUUCAACGAGCCGUGCUCUAGCCUCCGCCGAUUCUCCUCUCCAUCGCCGCCUUUUCUCUCCCGAUCCACUCUCGCCGCCACCCCUCUUUGCUGUGCUCGUGCUCAUUUCAGAGAGCCAGUCGACGCCGCCUUUCCUCUGCACCGGUCGCCACAGCCACAGCGGCCAGGCGCGAGCGGCUGUACACGGCGCCACCAUCGCGCCGCCAUUCUGCUGUUCCGGCCAUCGCAACUGUGCAACUAGAUGCGGGUAGAAAUUCUGUGGCCACCGCAGUUGGUAUGCGACCACCAUUAGCCGUUUGUUUUUACUAGCAACUCAGCUCACCAUCGCCGGCCAUCCUUCCGGCUGUGAGUCGCUCUCCGAUCGUGAGCCACCAUCAACCACCACUGCAUUUGUGUGGCUUGCUAGAAGUAGUGAUCGGAUUAAUUUCUGCAAUCUUUCCGGAUUUAUAGUUGCUGAAAGUUGACUGAGACUAUGAGCUCGGGUAGAAAGAAUUUCAAGAGGGCGUUGAAAGAAGACAACCUUUCUCUCCAUGAAAGCCAGAGUGUGAUGCAAGUUGUAUCUCUUCGUGGCUCAAAUGUAAUUGAGGUCAUGGAUGCUAAAUCUAUUAAGUCUCUGGCCCUAGUUCCUGCCAAAUUCCGCAAGAGCUUUUGGAUUAAAAGAGGAAGCUUUGUUGUGGUGGAUGAAGGUGGAAGGGAGAAAGCUCUCGAGUCAGGUAGCAAGAUAGCAUGUAUUGUUUCUCAGGUGCUCUUCCACGAUCAAGUUCGAGCACUUAGAAAAUCUUCAGAUUGGCCUGCUGCUUUCCAUGCUACAAUGCUGGAGGAGCCACCCCAAGAUCCCAGAUUAGAAUGCGAGGAAGAAAUUGAUUCUAGUGAAGAUGAUGAUUACCUACCACCACUUGAGGCUAACCCGAAUAGAAGAAAUGUGAUGCACAUGGCUUCCUGUUCUGGUUCAGAUGACGGUUCUGAAUAGCAAAGAGGCUCUUUCUUCCAUUAUUCAUCAGACAAUUGUUGGUGCUUCAAUGAAUUUUGGAUCCAAUAUCACCUUUACUAUCCAUGACCACCACCAUUGCUGAUCCAGAUGACCAAUUUAAUGAAACACUGCCCAGCUCUAGUUUGCAAGCUGCAAACAAAACUUGUGCCAGAUCUUACUCCGAAUGCAUCAAUAAAACCACAAUACAAUACCACUGGAAUUGAGUUUACCUGUGAUCAAUUAUCACUUAUGUUAAUUUAUUAGAAUGUAAUGUUUCAGUCAUCUCAAGUCUUCUAAUGUAAUGUAAUGCAGCAUGAACCGAUGCAAUACCUUAGCUAAGGUGUUUGACCUUUUUUCAAUUAUACUUUUUUUUUUAUUU